AUGCACCCCCUGCUGCUGCUGCUGCUGCUGCUGCCACAGCCGCCGCCGCCGCCGCACCUGCGAGACCUGCCCCACCUCAAAGUCUCGCAUCUGGGCUGCCCCCAAUCAUCAGAACGCUACUUUGAUUCAACGAGAAGACCAUUGUCGAGGCAAUGCGCCGUCAUUUUUGACCUGCCACUGCCCUCUCGCUCAUCCAGCCAAAACCUGCCCUCUGACCUGGAGCCCUCGGUUGAGCCACACCACCCCAAGGCGCGCGCCCCGUGGCGUCAAACAAAUCCCAUGCUCGAUCCUGUCGCGGAUGUCGCUCAGGACGAUCAUGCACGCCACCCGUUGCGCCGCAAACGCGAUUUGACAAACAUGGCCGACGUUGAAGCCGCGGCUGCAGCCACCGCCACCGCCACAGCCUCCCCAACACCCACCCUGGUGCCAUGCCCCGAUGGGUAUUUCCUCCACCCAAGCGGCGUCUGCCACCCUUGCACCUCUUGUCAGGACCAUCAAUAUCGUCUGGCCCCAUGCAAUUUGUCAACAGAUACCAUCUGUCAAAACCUGACCGACUGCUCUCUCAGCCAGUACCAAGCUUCGCAAGGAACUGACACAUCAGAUCGCAUCUGCUUGCCCCUCCGCCAGCAGUGUAUCCCACUAACGUUUGGCCACAACUUUUUCUCUUUCCAUGUUCUUGACCGCAGUGGCAGCCAGCGCGUCGACCCCUUCCUGCCCAAUCUCACCGCAGCCACAUUUGGUGACACUCUGGAAGCCAAUCUUGCCGUGGCCAUCUACCUCGGGUCCUGGCUUCAAACCAGUGCCCUGCCGGACGUUUAUGGCACCUUCUUCCGCCUCUACACAAGCCAUCCAAACCCUGAAGCUUGGUGUCUGCGUGGCCGCCCCAUGAACCUUUCACAGACGAUACCGGUCGUCAAUGGCUUCAAUCGACUUGGCUACCCAAACAACAUUGCGGUCGAGCUAACGCUUGGUCUAGCCGCACUGCCACAAAUCAACGGCAUGACCAUCUAUCGCCUGCCCGUGGGUACUGGUAACCCAGCCAUCCAAUUGGGGGGCACCUGGUUCACCACAGACCUGACAACGAUUCAGCCUGGCGCAGCCUACAUUCUCACCAUUCCUGAAGACGGCCUGGUAGAUGGUAAUCAGUUUCAAAACAGCAUGCAGCUCAUGGCAAACGCCAGCAUUAAUGGUCAGCCCCUACGCAACCCAAGCGCUCGACUCGCCAGCUUUACCGAUGGCCGGCUCUCGGGCACUGUAUCAAGUAUGCUCAACUUUGGAGACCAAUACUUUUUCCUGAUGGCCGUGGGUGGCAACAAUGCUGGUGAGGUGGUAACGCUGAAGAUCUAUGAUCCGGACCUAGAUCUAGUGCUAGAUGCGAAUGAAAGUUUUGACUUCCAGCCAAACGGACGACAGGGUGAUGUCGUGUCCAACAGUCUAUUUGAGCUAACCGCACAGGCCACGGCAUCUUGCAACUACAGUCUCCAAUACCUGGAUGAGCAAGGAGAAUGCCAACAGAUAACAACCUGCACAGAAGAUGAAUAUGUGUUGAAUGAGGCUACAAGCACAAGCGACCGGACAUGCGUCAAUUUGACAGAGUGUGAGGGCGACGAGGUGGAGUUUGUUGCAGCCACGGCAACAAGCGACCGCACAUGUCGGUUGUCGUGUACUCUGGGCGUCACUUAUGCAUGGAAUGCGAGCCACUGUGAAAUCUGCAGUACCUGCGACAGCGGCGAGUUUGAGGCCGCAGUCUGCACCAACACGAGCGACACGGUGUGUCAGCCCUGCGCGACCUGCGACAGCGGCGAGUUUGAGGCCGCAGUCUGUACCAACACGAGCGACACGGUGUGCCAGCCCUGCGCGACCUGCGACAGCGGCGAGUUUGAGGCCGCAGUCUGUACCAACACGAGCGACACGGUGUGUCAGCCCUGCGCGACCUGCGACAGCGGCGAGUUUGAGGCCGCAGUCUGUACCAACACGAGCGACACGGUGUGUCAGCCCUGCGCGACCUGCGACAGCGGCGAGUUUGAGGCCGCAGUCUGUACCAACACGAGCGACACGGUGUGUCAGCCCUGCGCGACCUGCGACAGCGGCGAGUUUGAGGCCGCAGUCUGUACCAACACGAGCGACACGGUGUGUCAGCCCUGCGCGACCUGCGACAGCGGCGAGUUUGAGGCCGCAGUCUGUACCAACACGAGCGACACGGUGUGUCAGCCCUGCGCGACCUGCGACAGCGGCGAGUUUGAGGCUCACGGCUGCUCAGCCCUCAACGACACGGUGUGCCAGGCAUGCUCCAUUUGCGCGGCACACGAGUUUGAAGUGGGCCCCUGCUCCGGCGACACUGAUCACCAAUGCCAGAACCUGACCAUAUGUGUGGGUGAUCAAAUCGAAUCAAGUGCACCAACGGCUACCUCAGAUCGACUUUGCGAGCUUGCGUGCGAGGAUGGUUUAACCUUUGACGAUGGCGAUCCUGUUGCUUGCGAGGUGUGCAGCACAUGUGGCAAUGGCUCUUUUACCGUCUCAAACUGCACGGUCGUGUCCGAUACUAGCUGCACAGCCUGCAGCACAUGUUCGACUCAUCAGUAUCUGGAAAAGGCAUGCACGCCCUGGUCUGACUCGGUGUGUCACAACCUGACGAUCUGCAACAGUACGAGAGAAUACGAGUCCGAAGGCCCUUCAGCAACGUCAGACCGCACGUGUGCAGAUUUGGAUGUAUGUGACUUUCAAAUUGAGUUUGUGGCCGCCAACGCGACGGCCACGAGCAACCGGGUGUGCCAGCUGCUAACCGAGUGCCAAGGUGACCAGUAUGAAGUGGAAGCACCAACCAUGUACUCAGAUCGAGUCUGUGGUGGCAUUCCAACCUUCAACUCCAGUGUAUAUAUUUAUGGACAGCUUGCCUCUGGUUCCGGCCUGGGUGGUGUAGUUAUUGAGGGCCCAACCCAGGUGGCACGGGGCGAGUAUGACUUUAGCGUUGUCGCGGGUGCCAGUGGUACCUUUGUCGCAUCAGCCGUGGUGGCACAGGGUGUCUCAUCCUUCACCAGCGCUCGCCGUGCAGCCACAUCGCUGCGCGGAUAUGCCAGCCCAUCUGAUGUAGUUUAUGGUGACAACGGCCGCAUAACCGUGUAUGUGCAGGCUUUUGACGACGUUGGCUCGACCCAGGUUUUGCCAGGCACACUCGUGUCAGUGCGGCUAAACCCACACGGAACCCUUGUCACAGAUGCUAGCCAACCUGUUACUGGCUCGUGUACUGUCGAUGCAAUGGAUGGCAUCUGCAGCGUGACCCUCAGCUUGCGUGAAACUUGGCUCAUGGGAACGGCCAGCGACGAGGACCACAUCACUGUUGAGGCUGGUUUGGCCAGCCCGGAUGAGGUCCAACUAGGCAAUAUUAGCGUCAUCCGACAGCUUGCGACGGCGAUCUCCGACAACAUUUGGAUUGAUCUGCCGCAGACUAGCAUGUAUGCCGGUGCCUCUGCCGUAGCCCGUAUCUACAGCAACACAACGUACGCUAUUGGGGGAUUCACCAUUCAGGUCACGUGCGAAGGCUCUGACAUCUUGAUUGAGGAUGCCAGUGCUGACAGCAACAUUUGGAGCGGUGCACGUGCACUCCUCCCCAACGGCACCAGCGUUCGCCUUGUUUACACGCUCAAGAGUGGACAAAGCGCCCCAGUAGAUGCCAGCGGGGCUGCCUUACUAGCUGAGAUUCAGUUUGCUGCUGCCAGUACCUUGAACGGUGUUGAGGUGUUCAGUUUGAUCAGACUCGAAACGCGCGGGUUGUUGGAUACCGCGGAUGCCACUCGCGUGCCUGCUGGCGAGAUGACCUUUCCUGUGCCCGGCAUUGUCGUGUCGCGCGAUGGGGAUGUGACGAGCUUAUUGUCCAUUUCACAGAUCCAAGCCACCUCCUCGGCUAUCUUGUCCGUGGAAGCUGGGCCCACUGAUUUGAGCGGAGAUGUGCGUGUUCGCGGCAUCGAAGUGGGGAGCAGCGAAUUGCGUGUCGUACGCGGGUCCACCGAGCUUGGUCGCACUGGCACUAUUAGCGUUCUGAGCACGAGUGUGCGGGCAGUAGCUAUGGACGUACGGGCAAUCAGCCAAGUGCGCGCAAACUUCAUGGGCACGGUUGGCUCCAUGCCCUCGGUCGAGCGGGUUCGAGUGCAAGUCGUCGAAGCUGCGCUCAAAGCUGAGGGCUCAUCCGUGCGCAUGGUGGCUUCUGCGGUUUACGCCGACGGCACGCGCGAACCACUGACGGCUGCAUUGGGCCUCAUGUUCAACAGCUCAGACUCACAGCAAAUUACCAUGAGCACAGACGAAGCGUCCGUUGCUGUGGGUGCUGCAUCGGGUGUUGGUCCGUAUGUGCACGCCGCGUGGUCUUCGGUGUUGGCCAAUGGUAGUGUCUGCGAGAAUGCUCGUGUGGCAUCAGGCUUUGGAAACCUGACCAUUGAUUUACCACCUCCUUCGAGCGUCUCCAUCAGUGGCGUGGUCUCUCGUUAUGUCCGCACAGAUGAUGUGGCGCGUUUUGCUGGUGUCAGCACAGGUUCCGAGUUGAUCCAAUCCAGCCUACGCAAAUGUAUCAGCAAGCGCUACGAUUCGGGUGGUCGAGUACAGCGCUUUGAGCAUCUCCUCUACCCCAGAACCGGAUACACCGUUCAGCACGGCGAGUUUGAGGCCGCAGUCUGUACCAACACGAGCGACACGGUGUGCCAGCCCUGCGCGACCUGCGACAGCGGCGAGUUUGAGGCCGCAGUCUGUACCAACACGAGCGACACGGUGUGUCAGCCCUGCGCGACCUGCGACAGCGGCGAGUUUGAGGCCGCAGUCUGUACCAACACGAGCGACACGGUGUGUCAGCCCUGCGCGACCUGCGACAGCGGCGAGUUUGUGGCCGGAGUCUGCACCAACACGAGCGACACGGUGUGUCAGCCCUGCGCGACCUGCGACAGCGGCGAGUUUGAGGCCGCAGUCUGUACCAACACGAGCGACACGGUGUGUCAGCCCUGCGCGACCUGCGACAGCGGCGAGUUUGAGGCCGCAGUCUGUACCAACACGAGCGACACGGUGUGUCAGCCCUGUGCGACCUGCGACAGCGGCGAGUUUGAGGCCGCAGUCUGUACCAACACGAGCGACACGGUGUGUCAGCCCUGCGCGACCUGCGACAGCGGCGAGUUUGAGGCUCACGGCUGCUCAGCCCUCAACGACACGGUGUGCCAGGCAUGCUCCAUUUGCGCGGCACACGAGUUUGAAGUGGGCCCCUGCUCCGGCGACACUGAUCGCCAAUGCCAGAACCUGACCGUAUGUGGAAAUGAUGAGAUUGUUGUUCAGCCAGCAACCACCACCUCUGAUCGAGUAUGUGCCUCGAUCGAGCAUUCGAUUGUCCCCAUUGAAUGGUCUGCUGCUGUCUCUCCCCCGGAGUUUGCUGCUUUUGAAUGGUGUGAGGGCAAUCAAAGCUGCUCCGUCCUGACCAAUGCUGCAGAGGUGCUUGUGACGGCUGAUGUUGGCUCGCUAUCGUCGUCAUCAACGCUCUACUUUGACGUUCGUAGCCCGGUGGCUGGUCUCCAUUUACAAGCAGCCACGCCACAAGUGUUUCGACCUGCGAACCCAGCUGACUCUGCCAGACUUGACCUUUUUGUCUGGACCACAGAUCGACUUGGUAGUCUCACGCCGGCUCGUGAAGAUAUCAUCGUGGAUCUGGCUCAUCCACUGUCAAACUCUGUACUCUCGCGUGUUCUCAAGCCUGGCGAUCAGGCAAUCUCGGCUUUCACUUUUGACAUUCCAUAUGAUUGGUUCUCAAGUCAGUCGGCGACUGUAUCAAUCACUGCAUCCUACGCAGCUCAGGACUUAUCAGCAGACUCGACAAUCCAGCUGGUGCGACCUGCCGCUGCCAUGAAUGAUGCCGAAAAUGCAAUUUUGAUGUAUCUCCCAACGGCUCCUCAGAUUGGUGGCGAUUCUUUUUCGGUUGAAGUUUGGACUGAUGUGACCGAAAAUGUGUCAAGCUUCACGUUGUCUAUUGAGUGGGAUGCGACAGCUCUGGCUCUUGAAUCGGUCAAAUUUGAUGCCGGGGAAUGGCAAGGCCGAUAUUCCUCUGCCGGCAAAGAACUGGCGGCCAAUGGCAUCCAUGUUGGCAGUGGUGAUUCCUCUUAUAGUCGUUUGCUCUCGGCUACUUUUCGCGGCCUGCCUGAUGGAGGCCGGGCCAUGUUGUCUGCGCAGGGCAGUUUGCAUGAUGAGAACAACAACCCGAUUGAAGUUGAUGGCAGCUUCCAGGAUGCCCUUUUGACCAUAGUCUCGCGCGAUGGCCGGGACACGAGCGGAUACGUGUACCUUACCAAUCUCGAGCCGAUCCUGCUUCUUGGCACUUCCUCCUUGCCAUUUUGGGUGGAUACAUCCCGCCUUGAGACAGACAGCAAUACGGGUAUCGAAAUCCAUCUUGUACAACUCUUUAACGACGGCACAGUUGCAUCAACGGAUGUACAAUCGUGCCGUUUUGCUGGCUCUCUUCGCACUUGCUCUCCAGCACAGGCAUCGGAAGAUGGAACUCAUUCUCUCGAAAUUUUUGCUGGCGAACUUUCUGCUAACAUUGAUGUGAUUAUUUACCGGCCAUCCAAUAUUGCAGUUCUUGUCGAUGAUCUGGAGCUGAACCGCUUAGACUUGAGCAAUUGCUCGACGCGAUAUCAACGCUCGCAACUUCGUUUGCAGGGAGUGAUCAACGGACGUGAAGUCGACUUGUCGGCCUAUCUCAAGCCAUCCCACGUGAGCGUGGACGACUCCGACGUGGCUGCCAUUGGAGUCGCGCCUUCGGGCUCCUUAUAUGUGCAGGGCGUGUCUCCGGGUAGCACGGUCGUACGAGUGGCGAUGCCUGGCUUUGAGAGCGAUUUGACCGUGCUCGUCACACCCGCAGCAGUUGAACCGGUGCAACUCUCGGUUGAAGUGAUCACGACCAUUGCGAUCGAACAAGAUACGCUAGAAGCCGUGGUGCGGCUCUCAAGCGAGUUUGUGCGCGAAAAGCAGCAAGGCUGGUUAAUAGCGCAAGUAUCAUACAGUGAUGCCACGUCAAGGAUGCCACGUGAUCAGGAUUUACAGCUUGACAUGCUGCAGGCCGAAACGGCUGUGGAUAUCAACGGCACUGCCCUUACAGCGAUCUCCCAGGCCAACAAUGCCGUGCUUCAAGUGACGUUGCUGCCUGAUAGCUGUGUCGUAGCGCAGCCCAUUACGGCUAUUACCCCACUCGACUUGCACCUACCUGACCCUACUGGUAUUGUGGUAAGCGUCUCUUCUGCAGCGAUUGCGGCUGCGAACAGCGUUGCAGCCUGUGCAGGGAUUACCACCCAAGCCACCCUGUCCGUAGUAGUGCAGUACCCCGGUUAUAGCCUGGAUCUUAGCCGCGACGAUCGCAUGCGAGUCAGCCUACCGGAGACUUUGAAUCUGACUGAUACCCGCCUGGUGGUCACCCAGGCUGUACCGGGACUGUAUCUAGUCAACGUCAGCUUUUUACACAUCAAUUUGACUGGUAGCGUGGCGAUUAGUGUUGCGGUGGUGGACGAAUUGCGUACGGUGCUACGACCUUGGCCAGCCUACGCAGGCUCCGGCAGCGUGAUCAUGAAUUCACUUCACCCCAUCGAAGGUACCGACGUAAUUCAACGAGCCCAGCUUGAAGCAGUGGUUACUCUCCUGCCAAAUAGUCUUGGCUCGAUCGAUGUGAGCCACAUGCUUUCCGUCACAACGCCAGAUACUCAGCUGAGCAUUGUUGACACCAACCGCAUCGUACCAUUGUCGGUGCAAAGUGGCUUGCGAUCGGUCACAGUGCAGUUUUGCUCGCUUGAAACGGUGGUUGAUGUGGUCCUUUCUCAGGUUCCACGCAGAAUUGCCGGCAUCUUCCCGACAGCGUUCCCCUCUACCCUGAGCGGAAUUGCUGGUUCGUCUGUGCAGUUGCAAAUCGACGUGGAGCUGGAUGAUGGCACCCGUUGGAAUGCAGCCGAUUCGUACACAAGCGAAGGCGAUUAUUUGCUCGCAGGGGCCGUCAUUUGGGAAUCCACAGACAGCAGCGUGGUUGUGGAUGGUGAAAACGGAAUGCUGCUCCUGAUGGGUAACUCUUUUACUGCCACUGAAAUAUUUGUGACAUCCCCAUUCACAUCCGCUAACGCUCGAGUGGCAACAUUUGUCAACCUAGUGCCUGAGCCUGGUGACAUUGACCUGGGCGCCAGUUCGGGCGCAGCCCUAGGCGAAGAUUGGGGAUUGGGAGGAAGCCUGACGAUCCCGGUCCGCGUCAAUGCGGGACUUACCGGUCUCGCUGGACUGGAUUUGACAAUCGAGUACGACCCAGCUGUGCUUGCCAUUCAAGCUGUGGAACCUGGCAGCGAUUGGGUUGGCAAUUCGUUCAUCUUUACGGCCAAUGAUCCGCCUGGUCAAUUGCGCUUUGGUGGCACUACGACGACGAAUGACGGCAUCGUUGAAGUGGCAGUCAUCACUUUUUCCAUCAUGGGAACGGAAACAGACCCGGCAUUGCAUGGAUAUGCCACAAGCGUGUCCGAUGCCGAACGACGGGGUAUCGGUUCGCCCACGCCGCGCGCUUUUGUGGCCGGGGACCUACGCGUCGUGGGCCCCGAUCGGUUUCGCCGAGGUCGCAUUGAUGCAACACGCUGGCGACGUGAUCAGUGCGCUACACACAAGGUCGUGGGGGAUGCAGAUGCAGACUGCGUCGUUGGUGUGAAUGACGUGUUAUAUCUGCAGGACUACCUCGUCCAAGCCCAGGUAGGCCCAACUGCAGCACCUCCUUUAGAGCCGGGACAACUGGACGUGGACCUUUCGGGAGACGUGACCAUUCUGGACGCUGUGCACUUGUUGCGCGUAGUGUUUGGUCAGCUGCGCUUGCUGUCCCAGCCCACUGUGACGUCAGUGCGGACUGGCCCCUAUUGUCGAGUUGUCAUCACGGUCAACAUGACCAUGGCGACUCAAGCCCCAGCCGUCAACCGCACUUUUGUCUAUUUUGAUGUGGAGCACCCAAACCUCGCUGGAAGCUGGGAGGCUGUACAGGCAGAUCCGGGGCUGGAUAGCAUCAAGACGGGUGCGGGUCUGGGGGGUGCUGUGGUGCGUGCGCGCGGCUUGGCCUCUGGCCUAUACGAGGCACACUUGGAGGGUCUGCCCACAGUGCAAGGUGUCGGUCUGAGUGUGAUUCAAAUUACUACGGAUCAAAAUGGGGGCGUGGUCGCAUCUCGUCGAUUCCUACACGUUGGUAGUCGCGUGGGCUCCUUUGCAUACCCGGCUUUUACCUUUGAUGUAUCGGCACCAGCCGCAGCUGCGCCACUCCCAACAGCCAUUUUUGGCUAUUCGCCCUUGCUCCGGUUUGACGUGGGCCGGGGCGGUGCUUGUGGGAAUUUUGCUUCGACCACGACCACCGCCGAACCCACGACUUUGCCGAGUCAGGCGGACGACUACGAUUUCUUGGCGAGCACGACUUGGAUUGUGGUGUUGAUAGUCUUGAUACUUUUGGUUUGUUGCUGCCUGUGCCUGUGCUUCUGCUGCUGGCGCCGGCGCAUGCCUCAAGACAAGGAGGGCGAUGAUGUUACAAGUGAGUCACAGCUGUCUGGACGCCGGGCAAAAUACGAUGUGGCGCGCGCACAUGCAAAGGGUUAUGAUUUCAACAAUGCUAUGCACGAACCCGUGACCCUUGUCUCAAGUCGACGAAUUGGCUCAUACUACCAUGAGGAUGCGGAGGAGCCGGUACAGCCAGAAAUGAUCAACCUGAACCUCAUGUCUUUCAAAGAGCACGAUGUGGACGUGUCCGACACUGGGCAUGACGUACAACUGGGUGAGGGGCCCGUCGCGGAGACGAUCUUGAGCGGGGCUGGCCGCAGUAAAAACCCUUUCCUACCGGAAAACAAUGAUCCGGAUGAGGAUUUGUACAGCGAUGACGAGGAUCUGUACAGCAGUCGCGCUUCGGACAAUUCUUUGGUGGCCGCUAGAUCAAACGCUCAGAAGAGCAAGCAGGGAGCAACCGACCAGUUUCAGGCCGUGCUGCACAAUCCCACAUAUGACCCUUUCAAUGUACGCGAGGUGCCCUCGCUCGAUGAUGAUAUGGCGACCAGCAUGGGUGGAGCUACAGCAAUGACCAGCCUCUCCGGGCGCAGUAGCUUGCGACCUUCCACGUCUGCAGCCACGCCACCGUCUGCGGGCAGAAGAGGCGCGUCGAAAGCCUUGCCCGCCUUGCGAGAGACGAACAUCGAUUCGAGCAUGCCAGAUAAUGGUGCGCGGGCUGCGCCACACGAGGACGAUUUUGUUAUCCUGGAUGAACACGACCGGCCCAUGACGGCCGCAGCGACAGAGCUGUCUUCAAUUGAGCUCGGUGCGUCUCGGGCAGGAGGUUUUGACGACGCCUCUGGCAUUCAAGCGUUCAGCUGGUUACCAGGCGCCACAAGCAAGGCCGGGCGGGCUUUUGAGCAGUCCAUGGAUGGCGGCUCGACCGAGGUCACCUCGAUGACUCCAGAGCUUCCACACCACAUGGACGACUUUGACGAAGUAAUGUCACCCAUGUCCAAGUCGAUGACCGCGGCAACGAGGACGGCGGCGCCACGCGAGGUGCUGCGCAAGUAUGGCGAGCCUCACUUGCUAGAGUUGGUUGUGGAGAAGGGACCCGGUGAACCGCUUGGCCUGGUGCUUGAGGAACGGACUGACGAACCUGGCGUUUUCAUUGGCAGUGUAGCCUUGGACAGUCCUUGUCGUGACCUGGUUCAAGAGGGUGAUGAGCUGUUGGCCAUUGGUGCCACCAACGUUCGUCAAAGCGGCCUCGACCGUGCACGUGAAGAGCUGUCAGCGGCGACUCAGUUUCAGCCCAUCCCAAUGGUUGUCGGUCGACGUGCGGAGCUGCAAGACACCAGCUUGCGCGAUUUGGCGUCAGCCGGCACCGGCAAAUUCAGCCUGGCGCGCCCUCUGCGCAAGGCUGGCCUGGCUCAGGCGGAGAACGGUUCCCAGCGCUUCAAAAACACGUUUUCCGUCAAUGAUUUUACUCCCACGCACCCGGGCGUUGACCCCGAUGGAGAUGAUUCUGAAAUCUAG